AUGACGACGAAGGUGUCAUCCACACACAAAGAAAGUCUCAACACCGUCUUCCCGGACAUUCAAUUUACGAUGGAGGAGGAGGAGGUGGAGGAGGAGGAGGAGGAGGAGGAGGAGGAGGAGGAGGAGGAGAAGGAGGAAAACAACCAGCUGGCCUUCCUGGAUCUCCUCGUCUGCCGCAAAGAUUGUGGUGGCCUAAAAACCAAAGUGUUCAGGAAAGCGACAAAUACGACGCAAAUAGUGAAUUUCAACAGCAACCACCCAAUCAGUCACAAACGCAGUUGCGUAAGGGCGCUAUACCGGCGUGUUGUGACGCACUUCAGAGAAAUGGAAGACAAGGUUGCUGAAUUACAAUAUCUUCGACGGGUAAUGAGAGACAAUGGUUACCCGCGCAACUUUGUCAACCAGUGCAUACGAAAACGACACCAGAGAUCAAAUCCAACCGGCCCCAAAUUUUGGCGGGCUCUUCCGUACGUGAAGAACGUCUCGGAAGCCUUUAGUCGUCUUCUCACUCCACUUGGAGUUGGGGUUGCACACAGGCUGGAAGCGACCAUCAGGCGCCAUGUCAUGAGGCCAAAAGACCCGCUGCCACGACAGGAAACGUCUGGAGUCGUUUACCGGAUCUGAUUUAGUUGCGGACAAAGCAACUAUGUCGGAGAGACUGGAGGAUUACUCCGUACGCGAAUUGCCGAGCACGCACCAGCAGUGAGGUGGGGAGACGUUAGCUCUCAGGUGGCGGCACACUUGACGGGACCCAGCCAUAUUUUCAAAUUUCAAGAGGUCAAAAUCCUCGCAAGGGGUGACAACCGCUUGAGCCUCGAGCUGCUCGAGUCAUGGUUCUCGGGCCCGCAAUCCAUCAACAAGCGCAAUGACCUUCCGGUACCAUAAUCCGGGGUGAGAUUUUCCCUGGGCAGGAGAAUCAGUCACGUGGGAAGGGCGCGGGCGAGUAAUUAUCACGGUGACAGUGAGCCACUUUGCCGAGCAAUCGUCACACCAGCAUCGAGCACGGAUGACGAAAUCGCGGCAAUUAACAACUCGGACUCGGACCGCCAAGCCACCGCCGCAUCAAUUACGACCCCAGCGGCGAUUGUGAGAACUGUUAAUUGCAGUGCGCAUACGGUCCCACGGCAGCCACGUGCUAUAAAUACUGCACUUCUUGUGCCACCAUCACCUUUAUCUGCGAAUGUCUCUGAUGAUGGAUUCGAGUGAGAAUCCGAAACGUCAGGCCAAUAAAUUUCUUGUUCCAGUGCUCGCAUCAUCGUCUUCUGAACUGCUACCUGGAACUCGCCUGUUCGUUUCUAUCAGUACCUGCAGACUCUUUACUCCAACUCCUGGAUCUCUGUCUGCACGCAAACUUUUCCUUCACCAAACAAUGCUAUCAACAAUCGAAAGGCGAUACCAUAUAUUCACCCGUAUCCAGUUUCGUGGCGAAGGUCAUAAUGAAGACAUCAGAAGUUACGGCUCUACCCACAGUUAAUCCAAAACUCCGGCUGCGCUAUGUACAGUACAUGACCUAUGUCCUGGAACCUGAUAACGGAAACUGAUGUGAGAAUUUCUGGAGGUGUUUAACUAUGCGCACUUUGCCUGCUCAUCCAGUGCCUUCAAUGAAAUGUCCUUUCCUUGUGGAGGAAUUGUGUUUACGCAAUUAUAUCCAGCAAUAUAUCAAUAAAUUUUGGUGAAAAUGGACGUUGCAAUAUAUUCGUGCAACUACGUUUUUAACUCCUUGAAAGUUUUGCUUAAUUAACACAGAUAUUGGAUCGACGAAUUGGUGUCGGUUUGUGAGUAAUUGGCAAUCAUUUGCAAAUUUCGACACAUUUCAUGAGUUAGGCCGCAUACUGUAGAUGACACUUGUCAUCGUCAGGAAAAAUCAGUUUAAUCUGCUCCAUACCGCUAGGGUCUACCAGAUGAGUCAUAAGCACUUCAUCGAACCGAAGUCUAUCAGUGCCUUGCCACCAGCCAUUCGUUGUUGCUGCAGAUCGGGGCUUUAUUCACUUAGGAAUGGGCGCACACCGUUCCACGGGCAUCCCGAAGCAAACAAGAUUCGAGGCACCGCUGAAGUUCGGCUCGAUGAAGUGCCUAUGACACAGGCGAAUUUGUAUCCAGCUUCAGCGUAUUCAAGACAACUAGGGACAUGUGGUCGCACCUUUUUACAGUUCCGCACAAUUACUUCACGUCUGAGGGCGGCCUGGGGAAUCAGAGUUGAAUAUUCACGAAAUUGAGUUUGUAACCUUUCCUAAAGAACUUAUUUCCUCCCUAGUAUGCCAAUUUCUAUUUCAUACGUAGUCAGUGAAAUAUUAGCCCAAAUUCUUAAGUGCGAUUUCGAGUGGGAAACAUUAAUUAGGUAGGACUGUAAGGUUGAUUAUAUUGCGACGCAAUCCCGUAGCAUUAAAGACUCAUCAAAGUGUUGUCUUUUGAAUGCUCUUGGUUUCCGUCACCUGCUAAAACCACAUGCGGCAAAAACGGAUAUUUAAGUAGUAUGCAUUUUGCCAUCGGUUUUCAAUACUCAUGUAAAUUCAAAUAUGCUUUGUAGAAAGCUCCAUAAAAAUAUAACUGCUUAUAUUUAUUUGGUAGCAAAUCAUAUCGUCCUCAAUUUUUGCGCCUGAAGAAAGGGUAUCUUCUAGUCUUGAAGAAGUUCUCCAAUUCCCGACUAAUUUUGAAUUCGAUCUGCCGUUGCGCUGUUGCUUGGGACUUUCAGUCUACAAGCCGUAUACUUACCGUGUAAAGAAGAACACAUGUUCCUUUAUGCUACUAAGAAAAUACCAUAGGGGGCUCAUCAAGUGCUGCAACGAAUGUGGCCUAAUAAGGAACGUUAUUAAACAGACAGAUACGGCGCUAUUCGGAUGGAAAUUGCACGACCCAAAAAACACAUGAUUGCAAAUAUUUUUAAAACCGAAAGAUACCCUUUCUUCGAGUGUAAAAUUUGCGAAAAAUGUAAUAUGCCACCAAAUGAGUACAAGAACGAAUACUUUUGUGCGUGUUUUCUGGAAAAAGAUAUUUGAAUUUACAAGGGUGUCGAAAUUCGAUGUAAAAAUGCAUUCUUCUUAAGUAUUCAUUUUUACCGAGUGUUUUUUGCAGAGAGCUGAAAAAAAGUGCAUUAAAAAGUUGACAUCCUGGCGUAUCCAAAAUAUUACGAAAUUAUACCUCAAGAUAAUCACUACUACAGCCCGACCAAAGUAAUUAUUCCUAAUCGAAAACGCAUCUCAGAACUCGGGUUAACAUUUAAUAAGAUCGGUCACUGAUUUCAAGAACGGCACGAUCACUCAUCUCUACAAGCGGAAUAGCAACCGCCAACUUUGCGACAACAACAGAGGCAUCUCCCUCCUUAACAUCGCCUGGAAAAUCUUCGCUCUCAUACUUCUCAACCGUCUGAACAACCAUCUGGAAGAAGUCUCAAGCCGGAAAUCCAGUGCGGCUUCCUUCGACAUCGCGGCACCACCGACAUGAUUUUGGCCGCCCGCCAAAUAAAGGAGAAAUUUCAGAAGAAGUGGAUCCAGCUAUACUUCACCUUCGUUGGUUUGACGAAAGCCUUCGACACGGUGAAUUGUGAAAGACUGUGCAAAAUCAUGAAGAAAUUCGGCUGUUUCGAACGACCACUCAGAUAGUGUGUCGGCUCCACGAUGGCAUGACUGCAUGCGUCGCGGACACUAAAGCCGUCUCAGAGCCAUUCGCAGUGACCAGCGGAGUGAAGCAGGGCUGCUUCCUCGCGCCUACCGUGACGAACUUCUGGUAGCGUGGAUCCACGACUUCCUUCAAUGAACUUCUCCCCCACAGAAGGGGAUAUGCAAAGGAGCAUGGACCUUUUCGCCGCAGCCCGCGACAAAUUUGGCCUCAAAACGAUGGUUACGCACCAAUCGCCACCAAACGCUGGAUACAACCCUCCACGGAUCACAGUCAAAGACAACCAACUCCAACCCGUGGACAACUUCGCCUAUCUAGGAAGCCCACUCUUCCACAACAUAAAAAUCGACGAUAAGGUAGCCGCCGGCUCUCCCAAGUCAGCCCUUCCCUCGGCCGCUUCAAGCCCCUGUGUAAAAUCGGCACGGUCUUCAACUUAA